AUGAGAGAGAUCGUGCACGUUCAAGCUGGACAAUGUGGUAAUCAAAUUGGAGCCAAGUUCUGGGAAGUGAUAUCCGAUGAGCACGGCAUUCAACCCGAUGGAACCUACAAAGGAGAAAGCGACUUGCAGCUGGAGCGCAUAAACGUCUACUACAACGAAGCUAACGCUGGCAAAUAUGUUCCACGAGCUGUACUUGUCGACCUCGAACCAGGAACUAUGGACUCUGUUCGUUCGGGACCAUUCGGACAAUUGUUCCGCCCGGACAACUUCGUGUUCGGACAGUCCGGUGCCGGAAAUAACUGGGCCAAAGGUCAUUACACCGAGGGAGCCGAACUCGUUGACAACGUUCUCGAUGUAGUUCGUAAAGAAGCAGAAGGAUGUGAUUGCCUUCAAGGAUUCCAACUGACUCAUUCUUUAGGAGGUGGUACUGGAUCUGGAAUGGGUACUCUUCUCAUCUCAAAGAUUCGUGAGGAGUAUCCUGACAGAAUCAUGAGCUCUUUCUCAGUUGUCCCAUCACCAAAGGUCUCGGACACCGUUGUCGAGCCGUAUAAUGCCACUCUUUCCGUUCAUCAACUUGUAGAAAACACAGAUGAAACUUUCUGCAUUGACAACGAAGCUCUUUACGACAUUUGCUUCAGAACUCUCAAGUUGUCAAACCCAACCUAUGGAGACCUCAAUCAUCUUGUCUCGGUUACAAUGUCUGGAGUAACAACUUGUCUCCGAUUCCCAGGUCAACUAAAUGCCGAUCUCCGAAAACUUGCAGUCAACAUGGUUCCAUUCCCACGUCUCCAUUUCUUUAUGCCUGGAUUCGCUCCACUCUCUGCUAAAGGAGCACAAGCCUACCGCGCGUUGACUGUUGCUGAGCUCACUCAACAGAUGUUUGACGCGAAGAACAUGAUGGCUGCUUGCGAUCCAAGACAUGGACGAUAUCUGACUGUGGCCGCUAUGUUCCGUGGACGCAUGUCGAUGAGAGAGGUCGAUGACCAGAUGAUGAACGUUCAGAACAAGAACUCUUCAUACUUCGUUGAAUGGAUUCCAAAUAAUGUCAAGACAGCAGUUUGUGAUAUUCCACCAAGAGGCCUCAAGAUGUCAGCCACAUUUAUUGGUAAUUCGACUGCUAUCCAAGAGUUAUUCAAGAGAAUCUCUGAGCAAUUCACUGCAAUGUUCCGUCGUAAGGCCUUCCUCCAUUGGUACACUGGCGAAGGUAUGGAUGAGAUGGAGUUCACCGAAGCCGAGAGCAACAUGAACGAUCUGGUGUCCGAGUACCAACAGUACCAAGAAGCCACUGCUGAGGAGGAUGGAGAACUCGAUGGAACCGAUGGAGAUGCCGAAUAA